CCUCUGCUUUUCAGAGGUGGUUUGUGGAGCCCCCGCCAUCUACCUUGACUUUGCCCGUCAGAAGCUGGAUGCAAAGAUUGGUGUUGCGGCACAAAACUGUUACAAGGUACCAAAGGGAGCUUUUACAGGCGAGAUCAGCCCAGCCAUGAUCAAGGACAUUGGAGCCACAUGGGUGAUUCUGGGCCACUCGGAGCGGAGACAUGUUUUUGGAGAAUCCGAUGAGCUGAUCGGACAGAAGGUGGCUCAUGCUCUAGCUGAAGGCCUUGGUGUCAUUGCCUGCAUUGGAGAGAAGCUGGAUGAGAGAGAAGCUGGCAUAACAGAGAAGGUGGUUUUUGAACAGACUAAAGCUAUUGCUGAUAACGUGAAGGACUGGAGUAAAGUGGUUCUUGCCUAUGAGCCAGUGUGGGCUAUUGGUACUGGUAAAACUGCAACACCUCAACAGGCUCAGGAAGUUCAUGAGAAGCUGAGGGGAUGGCUCAAAAGCCACGUGUCCGAUGCUGUUGCUCAGUCAACUAGGAUUAUCUAUGGAGGUUCAGUCACUGGUGGCAACUGUAAGGAGCUGGCCUCACAGCAUGAUGUGGAUGGCUUCCUUGUUGGAGGGGCUUCUCUCAAGCCAGAGUUUGUGGAUAUUAUUAAUGCAAAACACUGAAGCAGCCUGGAGUCCCUUGGAAUCACAAGGAGUCCCUUGGGAUUAGGAG